AUGGAACAUAUUAUCAAAACCUUCAUGCGAGUUCUCCGCAAGAUGGAUGAUGCAGACACGCUUAUCGCACAGUUCCCCGAGCUAGAGCGUAUCGCGCUUUCAGAGCCUGCUGCCAUCACCGAUCAAGACAGACGUCGUUUGCUUGAUCUUCCGGAAUUGGAUAUACAAACGGCCAAUCUAGCUGCCGUCACAGAACUUGAUAAAGCGCAGCUCCUUGAGCGGGCUGCAAAAUCACCAGAUGCGCUUACGGAUGCCGAGAUUGAUCUACUAUGGCACCGGUUUUGGCAUGAUGUUACGGACGACGAGGCUCUUGCCGCCGAGAAAGCGUGUGAAGCAAUAGGCCAUGAUGAAUGGGACGAACUUGCCAACCGCCUAGCUAGGGCCCGGGAGCCGCUUUAUGAGGAACAUGAGCUCGUAGCAUUCCAGAAUGCCCCCAAAGAAUUGACGUGGCGAAUUACCGCCGACUUCCGUGCUCGGAGGCAGAAGGAACUUGAACAAGCAUUGGGUAACGCAGCCCAAUGGAUUGUACGUAUUUGGGAGGAGGAUCUUAGAGAUCGACCGGAGGCCCGGUGCGGCUAUGCAACAUUUCUUGACCCAUCCGUCAAGGCCGAGAUGGGCGCAGAAGAUUACGACGAUUACGAUUGUCGUGCGGAUGGUGCCCUGCUAUGGGCAAAGAUGUCGAUACGCGGCGCAGACGCUAUCAAUCCUCGGUGGCUAAUGCAGCGCCUCGAAUGGCCCACGGACUUGGUGACAUCAGGCGAGACGGCUGAAGAAGGACGGGAAGACCUAACUACCACUUUCCAAAGAUUACGCGAGUCCUUCAGAUCAGUUCGCGAUCGGCCGCCGAAGGAAGCACUUUCUGCGAAAGGUUCUGGCAUCGUCGAAGGCUUGCUACGAAAUGUCUUCUUGGUUGUUGACCGAGAUGCGGUAAAAUCUGUCUCUAAACAUACAAGAAGCGUCGACGAUAUGUGGGUUUGGGCGAUAGACCCGGACUUCGAGCCCAAUACAACGCCGUCCUCUGGGGAGGGUGUCAAAUCGGACCGCUAUCAGGGAUACAUACGUGUAAGGUUGCAACAACUCGUCAAAAACUUCUACGAGAUGCGACGGUGGCAUGCGGAUGAGUUCUCCAUGCAAGCGCUAUGGGAGGCUGCCCAGCUUAGCAGGGACCAGCUUUUUGUAUCGGUUCAUGAGGAUGAGGCAAAGCAAUGGACCUUAUCAAGGGAUGUCGGCAGUGCUAUACGCCAGGUAUAA